GCGCUUUUGCAUCCACCGUCAGCAAGCCGCCCAAUCAGAAAUCAAUCAAAAAUAUUCCCGAAUCCCAGCCGUCCAGCCGUCCCGGCUGCCCAGGAGUCAGGACAGAUUUCUCGAGAGUUUCUUCCCCUUCCCCCCAAGCUUUUCGUCUCUGUCAAAUGCAGAACUGACACAAAUAUGCUUCGUCCUUUUUGGCUACUGACCCUCGCCGUCGCCGCUUGCUUGCUAUGGAGCACCGCCGAAGCCUCCCUUGGCGACCGGCUACCGGAGUUUCGGGAAUGCGUCCAGGUCUGUACCCGUGAGAAUUGCGAUCCGAACAACGACCCUACUCCCAUCCCUCUUUACCGCCGCCUUCUCUUCUGGACCUGCCCGCAAGAAUGCGACUAUACCUGCCAGCACAUCGUCACCCAGCGGCGCGUGGCCGCGGGCCAGCCCGUGACGCAGUUCCACGGGAAAUGGCCCUUCGUCCGGGUCCUCGGCAUGCAGGAGCCCUUCUCGGUCCUGUUCAGCCUGGGUAACCUCGCGGCGCACCAGAACGGGCUGGCCAAGGUCCGCGGGUCCAUCCCGGCCGCGUACCCGCUGCGGCGCUACUACGAGCUGUUCGCGUACUUCGGCAUCGCCACCUGGAUCUUCAGCGCCGUCUUCCACACCCGCGACUUCCGCCUCACCGAGCAGCUCGACUACUUCGCCGCCGGCGCCGGCGUCCUCUACGGCAUGUACUACACCCCGAUCCGCGUCUUCCGCCUCGACCGCCCCACGCCUCGCCGCCGCAGCUUCCUCCGCCUCUGGACCGUCACAUGCUGCGUCCUGUACGCCGCCCACGUCGCGUAUCUCAAGCUGUGGCGCUGGAAUUACACCUACAACAUGGCGGCCAACGUCACCGUAGGUCUGAUCCAGAACAGCCUCUGGAGCUACUUCAGCUGGAAGAAGUGGACCGAGAGCCGCCGGUCGUGGGCUAUCUGGCCCGGCGUUGCCGUCGCCUGGCUCAUGAUGGUUAUGAGCCUGGAGCUCCUAGACUUCCCACCGUUAUGGGGUGCCUUGGAUGCCCACAGUCUAUGGCAUCUGGGUACUAUCGGUCCCACCAUCCUCUGGUAUAAUUUCAUGGUCAAGGAUUCCCAGGACAACAUCGCGAACGCGGACAAGAUAAAGGAUAUCAAGGCCUAGUAAAGUAGCAUGUCUUUCCUGGGUAAAUUAGUCAAAUGGCAUUAAACUUAAUGGUUGUAUAUCCAAACAGGCGCGUUCUAGGGUGUUCAGAAAAAAAAAAAGAAUCUCUAGUGAUAAAUAGCUUAUCAUCUUUCGGCCGGCGAAAAAAGAAUGGGAAUAAAAUCAUCAAGCAGGGAGUUUGAGGUUCACAUCUAAGUUGAUAUAGACUAGGUUAU